AUGUCAAUUAAUAAGUGCAAAACAAAGCGCGUCAAGAUGUCUCUUGAAAUACCCUUGCGGAACUCUGAUGAGGUUAUCGAGCUCCAUCCAGAACAGUUACCAUCUGGAGAUGAAGUCCUCAGUAUUUUACAAAAGGAACGGGCGCAGUUGAAUGUUUGGAUAAACUUUGCUGUAGCCUACUACAAACAGAAGAAGAUAGAAGAUUUUCUCAAGAUAUUGGAAGCAUCCCGAGUGGAUGCUAAUAUUGACUACAGAGAUGAGCGUGACCAGAUGCGGGCUCUCGACAUGUUGGCCGCGUACUACGUGCAGGAGGCCAACAAGGAGAAGUCGAAGGACAAAAAGAAAGAGUUGUUCACGAAAGCGACUCUAUUGUACACCAUGGCAGACAAAAUCAUCAUGUAUGACCAAAACCAUCUUCUCGGAAGAGCUUACUUCUGUCUGCUUGAAGGGGAUAAAAUGGAGCAGGCAGAUGCCCAGUUCAAUUUCGUGCUCAAUCAGUCCCCAAACAAUGUCCCUUCAUUGCUGGGCAAAGCUUGCAUUGCCUUCAAUCGUAAGGACUACAGAGGCGCCUUGGCGUUUUACAAAAAGGCUUUGCGGACAAACCCGGAUAGUCCAGCAGCCUUACGUUUAGGCAUGGGGCACUGUUUUAUGAAGCUCAAUAACCAAGAGAAAGCCAGAAUGGCUUUCGAAAGAGCCUUGCAAUUGGACCCACAGUGUGUGGGUGCCUUGGUCGGACUUUCCAUCCUCAAACUGAACCUACAAGAGAGUGAAUCAAACAAAAUAGCAGUUAUCAUGUUGUCAAAAGCGUAUGCCAUUGAUCCAAAAAACCCCAUGGUUUUAAACCAUUUGGCCAAUCACUUCUUUUUCAAAAAGGAUUACAGCAAGGUGCAACAUUUGGCCCUGCAUGCUUUCCACAACACGGAGAACGAAGCGAUGCGUGCAGAAAGCUGUCACCACCUCGCGAGAGCGUUCCACGCGCAGGGAGACUGCGACCAAGCCUUCCAGUACUACUACCAAGCCACACAAUUUGCACCGCCUAACUUUGUGCUCCCACAUUAUGGUCUCGGCCAGAUGUAUAUUUAUAGAGGAGACACAGAAAAUGCGGCCCAGUGUUUCGAGAAGGUGUUAAAAGCCCAGCCAGGAAACUACGAAACCAUGAAGAUCCUGGGGUCUCUGUACGCGAAUUCGACGUCGCAAUCCAAGCGCGACAUCGCGCGGCAGCACCUCAAGAAAGUCACGGAACAGUUUCCUGACGAUGUCGAGGCAUGGAUCGAGCUCGCGCAGAUAUUGGAGCAGAAUGAUUUGCAGGGUUCUCUCAAUGCAUACAGUACAGCGAUGAAAAUCCUCAAAGAGAAAGUCAAUGCUGACAUCCCUGCGGAGAUCUUAAACAACGUGGCAGCUCUCCACUAUAGACUAGGAAACUUGAAUGAAGCAAAAACUUAUCUAGAAGAAGCUCUUGAAAGAGAAAAGGCAGACGCCGAGACACUAGACGCACAGUACUACAACUCGAUAGCGGUGACCACGAUGUACAACCUGGCGCGACUGAACGAGGCGCUGUGCAGUUACAACAAGGCUGAGAAACUGUACAAGGACAUAUUGAAGGAACAUCCGAAUUAUAUUGAUUGUUAUUUGAGGCUGGGCUGCAUGGCCCGCGAUAAGGGCCAGAUCUACGAGGCCUCCGACUGGUUCAAAGAAGCCCUGAAGGUGAACACGGAGCACCCGGACACGUGGUCGCUGCUGGGCAACUUGCACCUGGCGCAGCAGGAGUGGGGCCCGGGCCAGAAGAAGUUCGAGCGCAUCCUGCAGAACGCGCCCACCUCCAACGACGCCUACUCGCUUAUUGCGCUCGGAAAUGUAUGGCUGCAAACCUUACACCAACCGUGCCGGGAAAAAGACAGGGAGAAGAGGCACCAGGAGCGAGCGUUAGCCAUGUACAUGCAAGUGCUCAAGAACGACCCCAAGAACAUCUGGGCUGCUAACGGCAUCGGCUGUGUGCUUGCGCAUAAAGGUUGCGUGAACGAAGCUCGCGACAUAUUCGCGCAAGUCCGCGAGGCUACAGCCGAUUUCCCGGACGUCUGGAUGAAUAUCGCCCAUAUAUACGUCGAACAGAAACAGUACAUCAACGCUAUACAGAUGUACGAGAACUGUAUUCGCAAGUUCCGUAUGCACCACGACGUGGAAUGGUUAACAUGGGUAGCGCGCGCUCACGGUCUAGCGGGCAGACCAGGCGCCGCACGCGCCGCGCUAUUACGCGCUAGACGAGUAGCGCCGCACGACCACGCGCUAUUGUACAAUACUGCGCUAACGCUGAGAAGAUUGGCGGCUCAUGUGCUCAAGGAUGAACGCUCUGAGCUCAAUAGGGUUCUACGAGCCGUCCACGAGCUUCAAGUGUCACACGAGUACUUCCAACGCCUGGCCUCGGCCGAAGGCGGCGAGGGCGCGGAACGAGCGCGUUACGAGCCGGGCGCGGCGGCGGGCGAGGCGCGCACGUGCGCCGACCUGCUCUCGCAGGCGCAGUGGCACGUGGCGCGCGCGCGCCGCCAGCACGACGAGGAGCUCACGCUGCGCGACCGCCAGCGCGAGCAGAGGGAGGCCUUCCGCAGGCAACAGGAAGAAGAACGCAAACGCCGCGAGGAGGAACAAGCCAAGAGCACCGUGGAGAUGCUUCAGAAACGUCAAGAAUACAAAGAGAAGACCAAGAACGCGCUACUAUUCGCCGACAUGCCGCCUGAAGGCAAGCCUAAAGGACGCCGCCGCCGCGACGAAUAUGUCUCCGACUCCGGCAGUGCCAGUCCCGGACCAAGGGAAGAAGGCCGCGAACCCAAACAGAAAGGCCGGAAGAAGCGCGAGGGCGGCGAAGCGCGCAAGAAAGGCACCAAGAAACGCCGCGAGCGCGCCGGCUCAGGCAGCGACAGCGACCCGCCUCGUAAGCGCGGACGCAAGAAGGGCGAAAAAGGCAUCGGCCGCCGCGAAAAGGCGAAAGCGGCUGACGAGAAGCUCAGCGCGAAACAACGUGCGAAAAUCGUCUCCAAGGAGACCAUAUCUACCUCGGAGUCCGAAGAAUCCGACGCGGGCCGUAAAUCGCGCAGCCGAAGCCGUAGUCGUAGCCGCAGCCCGUCCAGAUCUCGGUCAAAGAGCAGAUCUAAAUCCAAAUCUCGCAGUCGAUCGAGAUCCAAGAGUCGUUCAAGAUCUAAAAGUCGGUCGCGUUCUAAGAGCCGAUCACGUUCCAAGAGCCGCUCCAGAUCUAAGAGCCGCUCCCGGUCGAAAAGCCGAUCCAGGUCGAAAAGCCGAUCCAGGUCGAAGAGCCGCUCAAGGUCGAAGAGCCGUUCCAGAUCUAAGAGCCGCUCGAGGUCGAAGAGCCGUUCCAGGUCAAAGAGCCGUUCUAGGUCGAAGAGUCGGUCGAGUUCGAAGAGCCGUUCGAGGUCGCGAUCCAGGUCCAAAAGCAAGUCCCGCUCGCGGUCGCGGUCGAAGAGCAAGUCUCGUUCGCGUUCGCGGUCGAAGAGCGGCUCGCGGUCUCGUUCGGGCUCGCGCUCGCGAUCACGUUCGGGUUCGCGCCACUCGCGACCCGACACGCCCGUAUCGAGAAAGUCUGUCUCGGCCAGCGAAGACGAGGCGUAAGCCAAAUAACACCUUAUCUCGCCACCACAAUGAUAAAAAUCCCGUGAUUGAAGUGACCCGUAGAAAUUGGGAGAAUUUAAGGCAAAUGAUAUCUUGGCACCACAAGGAUAUAAUUCGUGGUCCGUACAAUUUGCAAGAAAAACCACGUUAGUGGUAUGUAAAUAUUUUCCAUUACCUGUGCGGUAUGCAGUCUUUUAUUUGAAAGUGAUUUUGUUCUUUUUGUGUUACACUUAAACUUGGUCUGGAGCUUAUUUUGUUAAGGGUCUGAGAUUAAGCGCAGAGUUGAGUAGCUGUCAAGUGAAUUAGGAUUCGUGUCAAUAUUCAUGAUAUAAUAACGCAUUCGCUAACUUACGCGUAACUUUAACCUCGUACUGAGACAAUAGUAUUAAUUUCUUUCUUGUAUUUUUGAUUCUAAUUUAAUCCCUUUUCUUAUUGUUACGUGUACCGUCAAAUAAUUUGUCUACCUCUAAUGUCAGUUCCAACUGUUCUUGCAGCCAUACUUAUCUUACUUGUGUACUUGAAUUUUGCACUUUAUGCUUACAGUAUUAGGAUCUAAUUUUCUAGAUGCUACUCGACUGCUCUAAGUCUUAACCCUUAGGUUAGUAGGACUUGUACACAUCUUUAUUUAUAGAAAAUAAACCAAUCAAACGCCAUUCUUAGACAAUAAUUAUGAACUUUAUAAAUAUCGCUUGUACAGUCGACUGCACGUCAGACUUUACAUGUUUGUUGCAAAACAGCACUUUUAACAAUGUCAUAAGAUACCACAAUGAUUAGCUUGACGUGCUCCGUACUCCAAUUAUCAAUUAACAUGGCCGCUCCAAUAAUAUAGAUAUCGGAAUAUCUAAUAAAUAAUUUUUAUAUCACAUUUUGUAACAUUUGUAUCGACAUUUAGUAUACAAGUAACUCUGAUUGACUCUUUAAAAUUCUGACUCACUUCACUUCCAUUUUACUCGACUUCCAUAUAAUUAUCAGUAUAUUUAUUGUACAAGAUCACUUAUUACUAUGAAUUUGAUUAUCUCAGUCAGUAUCCAUGAUAGAAAAGUAUUAAAAACUACAAAGUGUACAAGAUUGGAACAUGUUUCGACUUCAUUUCGGCUUUUACCAUUCUCACUCUGUACUCUAAGCAUUUGUUUUAUAUCUUUAUUUGGACUGACUACCUGUACCUAUUAUGAAAAAAUUAAAAAAAAUAGAAAAAAUAACAUUUUGUUUUCAUUUCCAUAGACUA